AUGAAGCGUGAGGUGAGCCAAUCCGAGCUUGAAACUCGCCUCAACGACCUCGAUAUCGGUCACGUGAUAUCGUCUCUAGAGCAACUCAGCCUUUAUUACUUUACUGAUGUCCAGGGAGACCUGGCUUCGAACGAAGAAGGGUAUGGACGCAAUCUGGAUGGAUGCCGCAGUCUGCUGGAUGACUUCAACAACGCUCGAACGUCACAGCAGAACGACGGGAGCUAA